UGCAUGCCCAUCACUGCUCAUUCCUUAAUGCUGGUAAUCCUAAUUUCACGUUCUACUUAACUUUUGAAUUUUAUUAACAAAAUGAUAUUUUUUUUAAAAAGCCUCUGUAUGAUCAAUCCCUAAAAUUGAAAAUUAAAUUAAGAACAUCCUUAAUGCAAACAAUUUUUGCAUAAAAACUUAAUUAAUAUAACUCAAAUACGAUAUCUUUGAAUAAAUUCUUUAAUUAAACUCACCCAAUUUUUUAUUUCUUAAUAAAAAACAAAAUUGUUAAUUGCAGUUGAUUUUUCUAGAAAUCAAAAUCCUAACUGAUGACCAAAACUUUCAUAGGUUCUGCUUUCAUAAAAUGUAUGUGUUCAGUAAAUAACUCCGCUAAAUCUACAAACACAGCAUUAAAACCCGAGAAAGGGCUAAUAUGGAAAAAAAUUUGGCAUUCUGUUUUAUCCUCAUAUCAACCGUUUAGAGUGGAACUGCUAAAAUUUAAACCAAUUCGAGGGCUCGAUACUGUAGCUAGAACUCAAAAAGCCAAAAGGGUAUCUAUUUCGCUGCUGUCAAAUGUACUUAACCUCAUCAUGUCCUAUCUAUCUUAGCCUAUUACCCUAUUAACUUACCCUAUCACAAUUUUGAGAUGUGCCAUCAGGGUAUAUUUAGAAACUCCCAAACUGCUUUCCUUCAGAGUUGGUGGGUUGCUUAUCAAAGAAAUCCUCUAUUUUUUGCUGUUAUAGGUGAGAAAGUAAAACCAGUCUCCCGUUUAUCAGUGACCUAGGCUAUAUUUUUGGUAUUUUAAAUUCAGCUUCUUCUUAUCCAUUCGAGUUAGACCAGUUCUUAAAUCAUCUGCUAAAUAGCCAAGUUAAUGCUACUCUCGUUGAGGCUGUGUUUAUACUGCACUAAACCUGACCUCCAUCAAAGACCACAAAAGUCCUUCGACAUGUAAGUGGAGCGAGUUUUGAGAACCGAGUUUAGGUUGUAAACCCUGUAGCUUGUUUUUGGAGCCAGGCCUGAAUACUUUAUCCGUCCCGCACCCCGUUAUCUGCAGGGCUGGGCACCUUUUGGUUCUUCGUUGCAUCUUUGGGCGACACCGUGGAGGGGAAAGGCCCAUAAAAGCCGUCUUGAAAGGGGCAUGACUCGAUUAUUUUUCUCGAACUUUUUUCUAACCCUUUUUUCUUACGAAUUUUUUUGAAAGGAUAUUUAGAAGAAUAUAUUAUUGGUUUCCGUAGGGCCAUUCUAUAUGUUUCUAGUUAAAAGAUUUCGGCUUUUUGUUGACUAUCGAUGCUUGGUAAUGGACUUUAAACUCAAACAAGCAGAGAAGAGGGUUGUUUAUUGAAGCGAGUCACCUUUCGAAGAUAAAAUAUCUUGCCCCAAUAAAUCCCGUCGUUAGAUUUGGGUUGUAGAAGAGUGAUAUUCAGAAUACCUAGAAAUGAAAACACUGGGAUGCGGGAGUUUUAUUUUGUUGGAAACUUGGUAGUUGUGAGCAAGGUACCGUGUAUUGCCCUCUCUAAUACACGGUAAUGUGAGCAAGGUACUUGCUGGGUUGCUGGCAAAGGGAAAAAAUUUAGCGCUCUGUUUAUCUGUGCCUCUCCAAAAAUGCAUGUUAUUAUGUACUCGGUCACAGAGCAAAUAUGUCGGGUAGAAGGACUUUCCUUUUGAACUGCAGAAAAGCGGUUCAAAAUCCCAUUCGUUGAAGUCACGUGAAACUAAAAGUAACUUCCUACUAAACAGAACAGAAUUGUAUGGGGAUCAGUUUUCUGCCAUGUACAAGUCACAUGAUCUAGUAUUAGGAAGCUAGUGUUUUAAGGAAGAUGGUGGCUAUGGUGGCUGUUGUAUCUAACUUAGUACUGUUCGUGUUUCUGUUCAGUUACAUAAAAGCACAAGAUACUUGUGAUCCUAAAGACCAGUGUACUUGUACACUUAAGGACAACAGAGAAAUAAGCUUAUGGCCUAUUAACAGCGCAAACUCUGCAAGAUUUUUAAAUGUGAAAGAUAGACUUGGGCAAACAUACCUUUACGAUUACAAUCCUUGUACGACAUUUACAAAACCAGAAAUUGCUGGUGAAUGUGUCAAUGUAUUGGGAUGUCAAGGUGGUCGCUUUGGAGGAGAUCCAGUGGCUAUUGCGUACUCAAGCAACCCUAAAGUGAAUUACGAUAAAAGAAUUGAGAUGUACACAUUCACAUAUACUGGUAGCAAACUCGAUGACAAACGAAGACAGAUGGUUAUCAGAUUAAAGUGUAAUGGCAGUGCGACAGAACCAAAAAUUGAACAGUUUUUGCAGACGUACGAAAAUGUUUUUACAACGACAUUGACAAGCAAGCAUGCCUGCCCGAAAUCACUUCCAAGCAUUGGGAUUCACAUUGGCACUUAUCUCUGCAUUUUUUUUUCAGUGGCAGUUUUCCUGUACGUCUUCCUUGGAAUAUUGUUGAACAGAUUUGCUAGAAAAAAAACACUCUCUGAUUCCUUUCCAAAUAAAACAUUUUGGAUAGGCCUACCAUCAUUGAUCAAGGAUGGUGUGGUUUUCACUGCUGGAAAAAUGAGAAUCAAAGGGAGUCAGUACGAAAAAUUGUGAAGAUAAUUGUUCAUAUCCUUAGCUGGAACCAGGGGGCAUUAGGGGCACGUGGUUAAGAAAGUAACUUUAUUUAAGUUGCCCUCUUGAUAUUAUAUUUAAAUAAAGAAUUUAUUCAAGUUAUGCUCUUAAUUAUCAUUUUACUUACUUAAAUCAGAAUUUUUUUUGCAUCCAUGGUUGUGACUCUUAAGGUAAAGGGUGUGGUUAAAGUGUCCUUAAACCCUUGUACCCUCCCUCCGCCUUCCUUAAACCCAAUUGCUUCCUAUGUCUCUGUCUAAAAUGUAAUUGCUAUUUAUUGAAUUCUCUCUUAUUUGAACAAAUAAAUAUACAACAUUGUGAAUGCUUGUUUAUAGCGUUAAAAGGUUUUAUGGGCGUUUUAAUUAACACCGUUUUAAUUAACAAGCCAACAGGCUUAAUAAACGGACAAAAAACAAGAGCAAAACUUUGCUCUCUACAUGAAAAUCAUCUACCUUAUUCCGAUAGCAGGAACCUCAAAAUCAAUUGUCAAUGUCAGUUUAGAGAGUUAGUAAACUUAACAAACAAUUUAUCAUAAAGCCUAUAGCAUUAUGAAAAUCGCCAAAAAAAUGAAUAUACAUUCUAAAUGUCAGUAAAGAGCUUGAUGGAGAUUUAUGAACAUUUUAAUUUUUGGUAAAAAUAGUGAGCCUAUAGUCAAAAGAAAAUUGCCCGAAUUUCGA